UGAGAACCCGCAGGCACUCGACGAAAUGGUGUCAGUGGUGGAAGUACUGUGUCUCCUCCUGGUCUCUGCGUUAUGGGGAGCCACCAACCCCUUCCUCAGGAAAGGAACCGAGGGCAUCGAGAGCGUUCGGAAAGGAGACAAGAUCUCCCAGUUCCUGGCUGAAAUCAGGUUUUUGUUCCUCAACGUCAAGUAUCUGGUGCCAUUUCUGCUGAACCAGAGCGGCUCCGUGGUCUUCUACCUCACCCUCGCGACAACAGAUUUGUCCGUGGCCGUGCCGAUGGUCAACUCGCUCAGCCUCGUGUUCACGAUGUUCACCGGGAAGCUGCUCGGGGAGAAACUUGGAGGAAAAAGUGCGGUGUUGGGGAUGGUGCUCACUACAGCUGGUGUGACCCUGUGUGUGUUGAGCUCCGUCUCAGAGGCCGACAGUGUUGGAGUCCACACCACGCCAUGAAUCCAGACCGGAAUGAUCUUUCUGUCCUGGUGAACAUCAGUCCUCUGUGUAGGACGCGUUUCUGGAUCGAUACUCCUUUUAACCUGGCAUUACCGUGUGGUGUGUUGUCAUCAUCGUUUGCCUCACUAUGACUCAGUGGGAUUGCCAAACUUGACCAAGAUCCUUUAAUUUAGAUACAACCCCGAUUCCAAAAAAG